AAAACGGGAUCCGGCGAUCUGAAGCUGACCGGCGGAGCACAGAUAGGGAAACUGAGGUCCAGAGCCAGGACUCUGCGCCUGCAGAGGCAUCUGCGAAGGGGCGCGUCCUGCCCAGCGGGCCGCCUCUUCCCGCCCCCAACGCUGGGGUCCCGUCUGCCUUGUCUUUGCCCUCGCCAAGUCGCCACCUCGGAAGUGAGCCAUGGUUGCGGCUGUGGCGACGGCGUGGCUGCUCCUGUGGGCCGCGGCCUGCACGCAAUCCGAGCAAGACUUCUACGACUUCAAGGCGGUGAACAUCCGGGGCAAGCUGGUGUCGCUGGAGAAGUACCGCGGCUCGUUUGGCCAACAGGAACCAGACAGCAACAGGGAGAUUGAGAACUUUGCCCGCCGCACCUACAGUGUCUCUUUCCCCAUGUUUAGCAAGAUCGCAGUCACUGGCACUGGUGCCCACCCUGCCUUCAAAUACCUAACCCAAACUUCUGGGAAGGAGCCCACCUGGAACUUCUGGAAGUACCUAGUGGCCCCAGACGGAAAGGUGGUGGGGGCAUGGGAUCCCACUGUGCCGGUGGAGGAGAUCAAGCCCCGUAUUACAGAGCAGGUGAUGAAGCUCAUCCUUCAGAAACGAGAAGACUUGUGACUGGGUCCCCCUGAAACCCCCAUUCCUCAGCAAACUCAAGUGGUGCUUCAAGGGCAGAGAGCCAAUGCUUCUCUUCCCUUCGCUCCCUCAGAGGACGAGCCUAAGACUUGGAUGAUUUGAAUCCAAGGGCAACGAACAGGCACUGCUGGCCAAUGAGAGUUCUUAACAGCACAUCACCCGCCAGCAGGCCUCUAGCCAAAGGAAAUAUGGCAUGGCUCUGAGGCAGUCAUCUACCUAGCCAGCCAAGUCUUACCUCACAGGGAGGCUGUGAGGAUUAGCGUCUAAUACCCAUGAACAUGCCUGGGGGCAGUGCUAGCCAAGGGGAAGCACUCCGCACAGUUUUCCACAUGUAAACAAACAUUAUCUGUGAUAAUAAAACUUGAGUUCGACAUAAAUGUCUAGCCCACGGAA